CCUUUGGCUGCCAUGUUAUGUGUCUGUGUAUGCAUGCUCUAAAGGAACAGAGUGUGUCACAGCCCUGCAUCACUGAAGUGGGUGGGAGCAGGUGGGGGAAUGGCUCUGGGAGAUUAGGGAGGCAGUUAUAAGGAGAGCGCUGCCCUGGUCAUGUUUUCUUAGUGUGUCACGGUUGAAGGAUCGUACUCCAGAGCGUGUUCUGCUGCUGUGACCUGGAAAGACCCCCUUCACUACUUCAAAGAAAGCAAGAUGAGGACAAAGGGGGUUCUGGUCCUGCUCUGCGUGAUCUUAACAUGUGGAGCUCAGAAAUGGAAACAGGAAACCUCAUUACGGGACCCUAAAGCAGAACACACCAGCCGCAACACUUGCUCCAACCUGACCCAGGUACUGGACAACUGGAAAUAUGCCAUCGUAACCCAACUGAAAGACCUCCUGAUCAAUGACCACGCCUCUGUCCUGCCUGAAUACAACAGGAUCCAGCCUCUGUCAGACGCUCUGACAGACCUCUACAGGCAGUUUAACACUCUAAAAGACGAGCUGGGGAGGCUCACCACAAAGUUUGACAGUGUGGAGGGUUUUGUGGAUGACCUCAAGGACGGCAGAUUCACUCGGCCUCAGCGUCCCGUGCAGAGGAUUCCCCCCAGCGUCGGUCUGAGGUCUCCACUGCGAGCACAGAUGAGGGGUCCCGGCAGGGGGAUUAUCAAGGAGCCAACACAUAUCAGAGCGAGGAGGAGAGGGCCACAGAGACCUUAGUCAUAUGCUGUUUUUAUUCACUAAUGCUGAUGUAUCAAACAAGAGCUGAUAUGUUUAUAUAUUUUUCAGAAGACAAUGAUUAGUUUUUUAUUGAUGAGUGUGAUGUGAGAAGAGGUCACAUAAUAAAGACUGGUUUAGUGAUGCAUGGUGUAGAAAAGAUGAUGGAACUUUUUUUUUUAUCUCUGAAAAUGUAUUUAUCUUUGCUUCUUUGUACAAAGUCACUUUCAACCACAAGAUGGCAGCAUGUGUCAAAUUAUCUCCCUGUCAUCCUGCUGCUCUGUGUGUAUUAAUAGCUGGCUACAAAGUGACAUAAGGCCGAAAAGAUAAUCUAUAAUUCUGAUAUAAUACAAUAUAUAAAUACUUGUUUUAACAUUAAUUAACAUUGUAUGACCAUUGUUUGUAUUUGAGUUGUUUUACCCAAGAAAAUAAAAAAUAUAGAUUAAUAAUA